CACUUUAUCAUGUGAUUUGUGAUUUGUCAAAUAUUUCUGAUAACCGAAUGGCAGGCCAAAGCAAAACGAGGAAUUGAGAGAAAUUGCUGAUUUUUCAAUUAAGCCGCAUUCUAUUUAGCUGGAAAGAUGUCGACCAAGAACAAGAAAGCCGCCGGUGGCAACGGAGGUGCGCCUAAACAAACCCGCCAGCAGUCGCACGACUCGCAGGACUAUAGCUCCUUCAAGACAGUGCUCUUCUACUGCAUGCUCAUCGUUUUCCUGCCCGUGCUGACCUUCUUCGUGCUGAAGGGCUUCGUUCUAGACCAGUUCCUCAACAUUUCCGAAGUCAAAGUGAACAUAGCAUCCGCCGUGGGAGCGGUCGUUGCAUUGCACAUCGCUCUGGGCCUCUAUAUCUACAGGGCCUACUUCGGAGCACCCGGUUCCAAGGGCUCCAAAACGGACUAAUCCUCAUCUACCCCGGACUGUUACCCCAUUUCCAUUAACUUUAAGUCGGUAGAGCACUCUUGUACAUACAUACAUGCUACAUAUAUAGAUACAAUUGUUUACAUGCCAGCGAGAGAGGAGAAAGUCGCCUGUAAACCGUGUGUAAUCGCUUUUCAUUGCAUAAGUUUCGAUAACAGCGUGGAAAACGUGUUGUGUUGUGUAGUGUUCUGUGUGCAUAAUUUGUAUUAAAAAUAUACAUGAAUAAGUGAAA